UUUGGAAUGAUUUUAUUGAAAUGGACGAAAAAGGCCAGGAAAAGAUGAUUGAAAAAAUUGAAAAAGAAUUGUCUCAAACUAAGGCUUCUGAAAAGCCUUGUUCAUCGAAGAAAGCCACUCAAGGACACAAACAAAAUUCAAUUAAUUUUGCUGAAGAAUGUUUCAAACGUCUUGAUAGAAAAAUUAGAAAUUGUUUACUCAAUCGACGCUCCAUUCGAUUUGAUUAUUUGUCUCAAAUCGAGACUGAUCUUCGUGCUUUCUUUGAACAUUGUUCAACUGGUGUCUUUUGUGAACAAAUUGCUUGUCGAAUAAAGCGUUUCUAUAUGCAUGCUGUUUCUCAAUUUCUUCGUUUAAAAUCCCAAACGCUCAAUAAUGCUGAUUCUAAAAAUGUUGUUCAAGUGGAGAAUGAUAAAAAUGAAUUUUCACCUCCUGAAGUGUUUCUUUUGGCUAUUCUCAAACGGAAGAGACAAAAAGGAAGGAAGGGAAGUGAUGAUUGGGUUGAAGAUGAUGAAGUUCAAUAUUCUGAUUGGACAAUAGUUCAAAAUAUGGAUUUAGCUGAAGCUAUUAGUGGCGACGAGGAAGGAGAAGAAGUUCAAAAAUCUAUUGAUCGUGAUCAUGAGGAGGAAGAGGAAGCUGAAAAGUCUAUCGGUAGUGUUGAGGAAGAACUUCAAAAAUCUGCUGGUGAGGUUGUUGAAGGUGAACUUGCAAAAUCUGGUGGCGAAGAUGAUAAUGAGGAACCUAUAGAUACUAUUAGUGAAAAUGAAGAAGAGAAUGAAGGUGAAGAUCAGGAACCUCAGAAGGAAAUAAAUGAAGUACUUCAAAAGGAUGUCGAGGAAGAAUCUCGACAGGAAGGGGACGAUGAAGAAAAUUUGGGACAAACAGUUGGUGAAGAUGAUGAGGGACAGCAAGAAAAGGGUGAGUCUAACGAGGAAAAUGAGAGUAAUGAGCAGGUUCAAAAUGAAGUGAGUGAAGAGCCACUGGGUCAAACGAUUGAUGGAAAUGAAGAUGAACUUCAACAGGAAGAAAAUGGCGAGGAUUCCCAUGGUCUUUCGAGGCAAUCGAUCGAAGGAAAUGAAGAUGAACUUCAACAGGGUGAAACUGGCGAGGAGUCUCAAAAAUCUAUUCAUAGUGAGAAUGAAGAGGAACAACCAAAAGAAGGAGAAGAAGACGAGGAGCAUCAUAAGGACGAUGAUAAUGAAGAGGAACAUCCAAAAGUUGGAGAAGAAAACGAGGAACAUCAAAAGGACGGUGAUGAUGAAGAACCUCAAAAUGAAGGCGAAGACGAAGAAGGAUCCGUUAGUGGGAAUGAGCAAAAAGAUGGAGACGUAACAACUUUAAUGCAAAACAUUUUUGGAGAUGAUAUGAGCGAUGAUGAUGAUGAGAAGGCAAAUGAUGGAGGACAGGGGUCAAGUGGGGCAAAAGGAUUUGGAUCUGAUGAUGAACCUAAACUCUUGCGUGUUGAACAGGAUGAGGAAGAAGACGAAGACACUCACGGACGACGAUGGGAUUUUGAUAUAAUGCUAGACAAAAAGAAGCUUGAUCGACGACGUCGCCGCCGUAGAGAUGGUUCUAUUGAUUUAAUGGCCGAUGCUGAUGAUCAAAUUAGGGAAUUAAUUGAUGCUAUGAAUGAAGCGGCUAAUGAUGAUCGUACAGCAAAUAUUGACCGUCGACCAGCUGUUAAGAAAAGGAAGAUGCUUUCUUUGGUGAAAAAUGCGUUGGUUAAAGUUGAUCUUUUUGAGGCAAUGCUUGAAAAUGGAAUGGUUAGUGCUAUAAGUGAAUGGUUAGCUCCUUUGCCUGAUAAGUCACUUCCUGCCUUGGAAAUUAGAUGCACCUUUUUGAAAAUUCUUGAACGUUGGCCUAAUUUGGAACAGGGAAUCCUCAAACAAUCUGGUCUGGGUAAAGCAGUUAUGUACUUAUAUAAACAUCCAAAAGAAACAAAAGAAAAUAAAUUAAUUGCGGCAAAACUUAUAAGAGAAUGGUCUCGUCCAAUCUUUCAGUUGGAUAGCGAUUUUCGUUCAUUAAGUAAAGAAGAGCGUGUUCAACGUGAUUAUUCACAAAUGCCACUUGCUAAACGCAAAAGACUUUCAGUAGAUGAAGAUAAUAGUGGACAAAUAUUUUCUUCAAAAAAAUUGCAAAAAGAAAAGGAUGAUGGGCCAAAACGUCCUGGUGAUCCUGGCUUUAUUAUGCGAGCUCGUGUUCCUAAACUUUCAACUAAAGAUUAUGUUGUUCGACCACAACCACAAAUUGAAAGCCAAUUUAGAGGAGAAACAAAAAAUAAACAGGCUUCUCGUUUUGUUCGAGCUCAACGUGAAUUUCGUCAAACAAAUAAAACUGGACUUGUUAAACGUGCUGUUGGUGUUUUUCUUCUCUUUUAUUUUGUAUACAACUGGUCUUUUCUUUUUUAUUUUUUGGGGGGACAGGUUUCUUGAUGAUUUUGUUAAUUUGGUCAAGUUAUGUACUUUUAUUUUUG